AUGCCUGAAGACGACUUCGAUAUCUAUGGCGAAGAUGAUGGUUUCAACCCAUCGAAGCCUAUUGAGUCCUUCGACGACUCGCAAGAGACCGCCGAUCCCCGUGAGAAUAAUUCGGAACAGCGUUCAAGUUCCCCCGUGACUGGCGAAAAACGGCGACGAGAAGAGGAUGAUUCUGAGCAGCCACACCAGUCGAAUGGCCAUCCACCGCAAGACAAUUCCGCUUCUGACGCGAAAUCGAAUACCUCUGUGGCGCCCAAUAGCCCCCACGGUAGCGCUAAUGGCAGCAUCACAAACAACACGUCUGCAGGAAAUCAGGCUGUAAAUGGAGGAGGGCCUGGGCAAGGCGCUUCUGACUCCCUGUACAUCGGAGAUCUACAAUGGUGGACGACCGAUGAGGACGUACGGCAAGUCGCGCUCGGCGUCGGCAUUUCACUCGACCAUAAGGACAUUACCUUCUCUGAACAUAAGGUCAACGGCAAGAGUAAAGGUGUCGCGUACGUGGAAUGCCACAGCGCCGAGAAUGCCAAUGCCAUCAAGAACUGGUUCGAUAACAAUGAAUUCCAGAAUCGCCGUGCGACUGCCACUCUCGCCAAUUCGUCUCAAGGAAAUCCGUUCAGGACACUUCCGAAAGAACCCCCUCCGCGUGAGAUGCGGCAUCAAGGCAACACACCAGUCGGAGGAUCGAACGCCGGACGCGGCGGUGGGAACUUCCGCGGGGGCAUGAACCACCAAAUGCCUAUGAACAAUAUGAUGAAUAUGAACAUGCGCGGCGGCAUGAUGAAUGGUGGCAUGAUGAGGGGUGGGAUGCCCGCCAUGAUGGGCAUGGGUAUGGGCGGUAUGCCUGGUAUGGGCACGAUGAACCCUGCUUACGUCGGAAACGGGAUGGGCGGGGGCUUCAGCGGACGUGGGGGCAUGAUCCCGCAGGGCCCACGUGGGGGCAUGAUGAACCAAAACGGCUUUGGCGGGCGCGGGGGCGGCAUGAUGGGCGGCAUGGGUAUGGGCAUGAUGGGCAUGGGCCGAGGUGGCUUUGCGAAUGUCCAGGGACACUUCAAUCCCGCCUUCAUGCAAGGCGGAGGGGGCGGCCAAUUCGGACCUGACGGACCAAGAAAACGAUUCAAGGCGGAUGAAACCAGCAGCUGA